GGAAGAAAAUGGGAGAUGUGAUCUUGUCAAUGGAUUAUUUGGAAGAAGAAAAUGAAGCUUUAGGAGUUGCAUUCUGUAGAAUCUGCCAUGAAGAAGAAUUUGAAAGCUUCAAGACCUUAGAAGCUCCUUGUUCAUGCUGUGGAACGGCUAAGUAUGCUCACAGAGAUUGCAUACAGAAAUGGUGCAAUGAGAAGGGUAAUACAUCCUGUGAGAUCUGCCUACAGACAUUUGAACCUGGUUUUACAUCUGUUCAUAAUAAUACUACUGGUGUGACCAUCAGGAGAAGUUUAGAAGAAGUAUCUACAACAAGAUCUCCUCGAUUAACCCGUAGUUAUUCAACCAUUGUAAUGGUAACUGAUCAUGAGUCACUUCUAUUAAUAAACAACCAAGAACAAUGUUCUUCAUCAUCAGCUCAUAAGACUGCAGUUUUCUGCAGAUCAUUAGCCAUUGCUUUAACAGUUGUUCUGCUUAUGAAACACCUAAUUGAUAUUUGUUCAUCAGGAAUUGCAGCAGAAUACCCAUUUUCACUUGCUACUGUAAAAUUCUCUUUUAUUCAUUACCCUUUUCCAUUAUUGGUUUUUUAAAAUCACAACUUUGAUUUCUUUCUUUGUUUGUUCAUCAGUUGGUGAUUGCCAAGGUUGGUGGGAUUGUAAUCCCAAUGUACAUAAUCAUUUGGAUAAUCGCAGCUGUCCAAACUAACAUCUGCAAUCGAUAUCAGGUUUAACUUC